AUUUAUUGUCUCUGAAGGUGCAGUUCGCCUCCUGACCACUCGUGGCGCUGCUCUCUGUGCCCCUCACUCUUUCCGCCCCUCGGUGGUUUCCGCUUCCUUCACACACCGACAUCGACACAAAGCUCAGAGGGAGACGCAGCUCGAAGGUCAAAGCUGAGGGCCAUGGCUCGAGGGCAGCAGAAGAUUCAGUCCCAGCAGAAGAACGCCAAGAAGGCAGCAGAGAAGAAGAAAGGUCAGGGCGCCGACCAGAAGACUGCGGCUAAAGCUGCUCUGGUCCACACCUGCCCUGUCUGCCGGACUCAAAUGCCUGACCCCAAGACUUUCAAGCAGCACUUUGAGAGCAAACACCCCAAGUCCCCGAUGCCUCCUGAGCUGGCCGACGUUCAGGCAUAAAGGAAUCGUCACCUGCAGCCGACCUGAACCCUGAAACACGAUGACCAGAAACUAAACCUUGAGCACCUGAGGGAAGUUGACGGAGAACACUGGGACCUGACACUAAUCGUGGACAUGGGGACGGACGGAGGGGCGUCGGUGGAUGUGUGUGUAUGUGCUGUGUACGUACGUGUGUGUUUGCGUAAGAGAAAACAAUAACGACGGGGCAGUAGUACACCACCAGCCCAUUUUUAUAUAUUUAUUGUGUACAACUACCUUGCUAUUCCAGAUCUGGGGGGAGGGAGCAGAACCAGCAAGAUUUCCUGCUAACACUGAACAAAGCUACGCUGUGGCUGAUGAUGGGGAGAGUUGACAGGUCUGAAAAAGCUACGAUGGGAAGUACUCGGUUGUACUUGCACAGUUUGUCGUCCAGAGGAAUAAACGGCAGUUUCAAAGCCCCCGCUAUAGAUUCCUCCACUCCUCCACAGCGGACAUGGCUCUGCUGUUGGGUCAAAACAUUUGAAAGGGACAAAGCGUUGAAAUGUUUGGCGGUUAAUGUCCGAGAAGAAGCGACAGACCCAACAGCUUCGCCUCGUCUGUGCUGCUGCUCCACGGGUGCCCUCGCUCAGUAACACCUUACAACAGUACCUCACGUUCGACCGUACAGCAAGUCUCAUAACAUUUCUAUUUUCUUUUUCCCAAACUCUUCUACUUCUGUGUUUAUUUUAGCGUCAACCUCCUCGGCCACUUUCUCUAAAUAAUCGCUGCAAUAAUUCCAUUUUUGUUUUUUGACGUAGCCUCAAGAACCGAAAACAUUUAGAUUUAAUUACGUAACGGCCAAAAAUAAUCAUUCCCAGUUGUAGACAAAGAAACUUCAUGAAUUUGCUUUCACUGUACUUUCUUUUUUUUUUUCUUCUUUUUUUUACCCUUUUGAAUAAAUCAGCAAUGUAUUUAA